AUGGGAUCCAAUCGUGCUGUCCAAGAAGCAGUAUCCUCCAAUCCAUCUGUUACUCCUCAAAUUGUGGAAUCAACCGAGGCAUUAACAGUGAUAUUAUUGAUCUCAUGUUGGUAUAUUGCUAUGAUCAAUCGUGUUGAGCGCCACUUGAAUUUGAACACACAUGCUUUUCACUCCAAGUUGCUAUUCGAAAUUGAAGAAAAAGCAAAGUUUUUACAUCCAAUAAAUUCAUCUGCAACAAAUUUAGCAAGAGUUUUAGGUUCUUCUCUCAAUGGAUCAGCUAAACUCUCAUUCUCCGAGAUUGAGACUAGGGUGGCUCCUGUGUUGUUUCAAGCAUUGUCUACAGUUACAUACUUAUCUCAAAUUUCUUACAUUGGGUUAGAAGGUCUUUUUUUCUCAUACUACACUGAAAGGAAUCAAACUUUUGCGGUGUACUCCAACUCUUCAUUUUCUUCUGAUCGGAGUGAUCCAAAUGUAAGAAAGAACUACAUCUCUUACAUUCAAUCUGUGAACAAUAAGACAGGAAAAUUAUAUGGAAAAGCUAUUGAAUCCCCUCCCUUGAGUAUGAUUAAUACAAGCUGGUUUCAAGCAGCCUUGAAUAGUACACAUGGCUAUGCCUCAGUUGAAACUGGAUGGAACAAUGUUGGAGAUCUUCUUUUCCUUAACUCAGCAAGAAUCAAUGGAGGAGGAGUUAUCUCUCUAGGGUUUCCUGUUGAAGCAUUAACCGGCAUUUUUACAAGCAUGGAUCGUCAAGAUGAGAGCUCGUAUUUGGCUACCAAAGAUGGGAAAGUUCUAAUAGAUCAAGGCCUCCCAAACAUUCAUAUGGUUCUUGACAACAACGUGGUUUCCUUACAAUUGAUGAAACCAAAUGGGGAUCAAAUAGGUCGUGUUGGAAAUGUUUCCUGCAGUAACCUAAAAGAUGGCAUGCCAAGAGCUUCUAUUUUGAAUAUUCAGGAGAAAGAAUACAUGUUUUCUUGUUUGCUACUUGACAUAGUGGGAGUGCCAUCGGUAUACUUAUUGGGUUUCCCUCAAAAUGGAUUAGUCAGCCUUGUCCACAAGAACAAGAAAGUGGCAUUGUUGCUGCUUAUACUUAUGAUCGCUACAAUGGUUGUUUCCACUGUAAGUUUUGUGCUUAUAAUCAUUAGAGCUGCCAAGCAAGAAAUGCAUUUGUGUGCUGCGCUCAUAAAACAAAUGGAAGCAACUCAACAGGCAGAGAGGAAAAGUAUGAAUAAGAGUCUUGCCUUUGCUAGUGCCAGCCACGAUGUUCGCGCUUCACUAGCAGGUCUUACUGGUUUGAUAGAGCUAUGCUAUGAUGAAGUUGCCCUUGGUUCUGAAUUGCAUACAAAUUUAAGACAAAUGGAUACUUGUGCAAAGGACCUACUAGGUAUAUUGAAUUCUAUUCUUGAUACAAGCAAGAUCGAAGCGGGUAAGAUGCAGCUUGAAGAAGAAGAAUUUGAUUUGGCCCAACUUAUGGAGGAUGUAGUUGACUUAUAUCAUCCUGUUGGUAUUAAAAAGGGAGUAGAUGUAGUGUUGGAUCCUUAUGAUGGUUCCAUAAUCAAAUUUUCACAAGUGAAAGGUGACAGGGGAAAACUUAAGCAGAUAUUAUGUAAUUUACUAAGCAAUGCGGUUAAAUUUACUUCUGAGGGGCAUGUAACGGUUCGAGCUUGGGUUAGAAAACCCAGUCUGCAGAAUUCGAUAAUUGCUUCUAAAAGGAACUGCUUACCAUGCUUGUUUUACAAGAACAGUCAAGCAUAUAAUGACCUGGAAGCCAUGAAUGCAGCUCAACAAGAUCCAAAUGCUAUAGAAUUUGUAUUUGAGGUGGAUGAUACUGGUAAAGGAAUUCCAAAAGAGAAGCAAAAAUCAGUCUUUGAAAACUAUGUUCAAGUCAAAGAAACAGCUCUUGGACAAGGAGGCACUGGCUUAGGACUUGGCAUUGUUCAGUCUCUGGUACGUUUAAUGCAUGGAGAUAUAGGAAUUGUGGACAAGGAAAUUGGCGAGAAGGGUACUUGCUUUAGAUUCAAUGUUUUACUCACUAUAUGUGAAAACAUAUCUUGUGAUACUGCUAAAUCAGAGGCCCUUGAUAUUGAAGAAGGUUGCACUCAUCAAAUGACUGUCAGCACCCCCAACCCUGGUCUUUGUAUACGCACUCCUAGUCCAAAGUUGGCAAUUCAUACGCCUAGCCCUAGGCUAAAGGCAUCCCAUGUCGUUCUCUUGAUUCAAAACAAUGAGCGAAUGAGGACUUCGCAAAGAUUUAUGGAGAAUUUAGGUAUUAAAGUAUCAGUUGUCAAGCAAUGGGAAAAUCUUCCUUUUAUUCUAAGGAAGAUAAAACACAAGCAAUCUUCAGGAAAGUCAGAUUUGAGUUCUCCAAAUGAGCACUUAAGCAGGUCUCCGUCUAGCACCUCCAUCACUAUAGAAAUGGAUAAGCCUUUGAAUACCAUUGAUGGAUCAGACUACAUUCUAUCAGUCUUCAAAAGGACUACACCUAGAUGCACAUCAAGCUUCAUACUGAUUGUGAUUGAUGCCAGUGCUGGACCAUUAACAGAAUUAUGCAAGAUUGUGGCAGAAUUCAGAAAAGGCCUUCACAAUACUUGUUGCAGGGUUGUAUGGUUGGAGAAACCAACAAUGCGUAGCAUCAGCUUCAAAGGUGUUGAAGAUGACAUGAUCAAUUCUAAUGAUGUUAUCAUGUCUAAACCAUUUCAUGGUUCCCGUUUGUAUGAAGUGGUAAGGCUUCUUCCAGAGUUUGGAGGUACAUUGCAUGGAAAUAUAGGCAAACAGAAGAGAGAAAGCAUGCCACAAGUUAGAAAAAUGCCUGGAGAUCAUCCCAGUUCAUCAAGAAUUCGGUCUUAUUCAGAGAAUUAUAUGACUCAAAGAGUUGAAUUACAAGACCAUAGCAGCAGCAGCGAGACUCCUGGGAAGAAAAUCUUUUCAUCCAUUCAAAAUUUGUCUCAUGUUAGGUACUCCAAAUCCAGAAGUCCUCUGAGACAUGGAAAAUCAUCAAAAGAACAAGAACUACAAGAAUGUGGUAACCCAAGCAAUGAGAAGUUCUUGAGUGGGAAGAAGAUCCUGGUUGCAGAGGACAAUUUAGUGUUACGCAUGGUGAAUGUCUCCUCUCUUUCAGGGCUUGGUGCAAUUGUUGAAUACGCUACAAAUGGACAGGAAGCUUUACAGCUGGUUUGCAAUGGUCUAAGUGAUAAAAGGAAACAUGGAGCCUCUAACAUUCUUCCAUAUGAUUAUAUACUAAUGGACUGUGAGAUGCCUAUCAUGGAUGGCUUUGAGGCAACAAAGAAAAUAAGGGAAAUGGAGAAGGAUUACCGUGUUCAUAUUCCAAUCAUUGCAUUAACUGGUCAUGAUGCAUCAAGUGCAGAAGCAAAGAGGACAAUUGAGGCCGGAAUGGAUGCUCAUUUAGUUAAACCGCUGAGAAGGGAAGAUCUAUUGAAAGCCAUAAGAAUUAUAGAUAAUAAACAAAAAUAUGUUUAA